AACUAUAUAAGUCAAUGCAGCAGCUCAAACUUCUUCAAUGGCCACCAAAAUGCUAACCAUUCCUAGCCAUGGAUUCGAGAGCGAGUGCAGGGAGAUUCACAACUCUUGGGGAAGGCUAAGCCAGUCAGUUGUAGCUCUAGCCACCCGAACAAGGCACGAAAGACAGCAGAUUAGAGAGACUUACAAGGCAAUCUAUGGAGAGGACUUGGCAAAGAGGCUGCAAGAGCCUGAAGUAGUGAGCAGCAGCAACAGAAGCGAGGUUUCGCCAAGACUAUGCGCAGCCUUGUCGCUGUGGAUGCUUGAUCUUCACGAGCGUGAUGCUGUUCUAGCGCGCCAGGCUCUCCAACAAGAUCCUGACACCAACUACAAAGCUCUUGUUGAAAUCUUCCUUGGCCGAAAAUCGAGCCAAAUACUGCUCAUGAAACAAGCAUAUCAUGCAAGAUUUAGAAGGAAAUUCGACCAAGAUAUUGUCAAUAUUGAGCCUCCCAAUCCUUACCAAAAGAUUCUUGUAGCUCUGAUUGCAUCACACAAGGCACACCAUGCUGAUGUUAGUCAACACAUAGCUAAGUGUGAUGCUAGGAGGCUUUACCAAACUGGGGAAGGGAGUCCAGGAGCAAUAGAAGAAGCUGUGGUGUUAGAAAUACUAAGUAAAAGGAGUAUUCCACAGUUGAAAUUGACAUUCUAUUGCUAUAAACACAUAUAUGGACAUGACUAUACCAAGUCACUUACGAGUGAAAAAUCAGGAGAAUUUGAAGGAGCACUGAAGAUGGUAGUAAAAUGCAUUUGUAGUCCACCUAACUACUAUGCAAAGGCCUUGUAUGGAAGUAUUAAGGGGAUCACAACUGAUAAGGGAGCCAUAGAACGAGUUAUGGUGAGUAGGGCUGAGUCAGAUUUUGAUGAAAUUCAAAGAGCUUACAAAAACAAGUAUGGGAUUGAGUUGAGAGAAGCCAUAUGUGAGGGAAUCCCAUCUGGGGAUUACAGAGAUUUUCUUGUUGCAUUAGCCAGAAAGUGAAAUGUGUUAAAUUUUGAUGGGACACUCAACUUUUUUGCUUUGUUUUUUUAGUCAUAGUUGUCCCUUAAAUAUUGAUCAUGUAUCUAUAUAUAUUGUCUACUUCAUUAACUAGUUAUACUUUGUAUGA